GAUUUGCGUCGUUUUUCUUCUGUCCGUCGGUUCUUCCUCGUUAACGCGUGCGAGGGAGGGAACGAAUAAGGAGGGAUCGCAUACUUGUUUUAAAUUCUCACACAAGCGAAGAGGAGAGAGAGGGUGACAGAGAGCUGUAAGCCUGCAAUAGUUGUAAUGGAUGUCGAACUAAAGGAAAUGCUCGAUGACUUCGAAUCUCUUAAACGAGCUUUACCAGAUCCUUCUCACCAGGAUUCUAUCAUCAAGCUGCAACGGCGUGCUGAGAGUCUUAUCAGUCUUGCGCAAUCUUCACAUGCUCGGCGUUCCAAAGUCAAGGACAUGAGUGCCGAGGUGAUAGAUAGCAACCCUUACAGUAGGCUUAUGGCACUUCAGAGAAUGGGUAUUGUGGAAAACUAUGAAAGGAUACGAGAAUUCUCGGUUGCCAUAGUUGGAAUAGGGGGUGUGGGAAGUGUUGCAGCUGAGAUGUUGACAAGGUGUGGCAUAGGCCGUCUUUUGUUGUAUGAUUAUGAUACAGUGGAGUUAGCCAACAUGAAUAGGCUAUUCUUUCGUCCAGAACAGGUUGGUAUGACCAAGACUGAUGCUGCAGUUCAGACCCUUUCAGAUAUCAAUCCUGAUGUAGUUCUCGAGAGCUACACCUUGAAUAUUACAACAGUGAAAGGUUUUGAAACUUUCAUGGAGAGCUUGAGAAACAAAAGUUUCCGUCCAAGUACACACAAUAGUGGUGUAGAUCUUGUCUUGAGCUGUGUUGAUAAUUAUGAAGCGAGGAUGGUUGUAAACCAGGCUUGCAAUGAGCUGAGUCAGACAUGGAUGGAGUCUGGUGUCUCCGAAGAUGCUGUUUCAGGCCAUAUACAAUUACUUAUUCCUGGGGAAGCAGCUUGUUUUGCAUGUGCUCCUCCUUUGGUUGUGGCAUCUGGAGUGGAUGAGCGCACUCUCAAGCGUGAGGGGGUCUGUGCUGCAUCUUUACCAACUACCAUGGGUGUUGUUGCUGGUCUUCUAGUUCAGAACACACUCAAAUUCUUGCUAAAGUUUGGACAAGUCUCUCCAUAUUUGGGAUACAAUGCUCUUAAAGAUUACUUUCCAACCAUGCAAAUGAAACCAAACCCUCAGUGUUCAAAUGCAGCUUGUUUAGAACGGCAGAAGGAAUACAUUCUUGCAAAGCCAGCUAGGGAUGCUGAUGCUAAAGCAAAGGAGGCUGAAGCAUCAAACUUGACAGAAUGUCCAAUUCAUGCAGACAAUGAGUGGAACAUAAGUGUUAUUGAUGAUAGUGAGAUAGAGAGGACAGAUUUUCCCAGUAGUUCAGAUGCCUUGCCAGAAGGUCUUGUUCAUGAGCUUCCAAGUGCAGUUGAGUUUCAAAAAUUUCCAGAACCAGAAGAGAUGAGCACCUCCAUUGAUGAUCUUGAGGAUCUCCGGAGACAACUGGAUGCUCUUAAUGCAAAUUGACCAUCCACCCCUGGGUUAACAUCUUUCAUCUUAUCUACCACAGUUAAUUCACUAUAUUUAACAAAGAAAAUCAGAGGAAUGGUGUUGCGGAACAUUCGUGUUUUAGGGAGGUGAUGCAGAUCUCCAAAAGGUUAGCACUUAGAAUGAUGUCGAACCAACAAUGAACACCACCUUGUUAGUGUUUACCGCUUACUUUUGGGAGUUUAGGGUGGUCGUGCUUUGCGUGGCCAUGCUUUUAGUGACGGAUGUUACAACUGUUUUUGAGUUUUGCCAAUUGGCCAGUGGUCAGAUCUAAUAGGUUUUCAACACAAGAUGCAACUUAAGAUAAUGAAUGGCGGAUUUCUUAUCUUU